AUGACGACCACCCUCCCCGACGCCAUAACGCUCCACCCAGACGAACAGCUGCGCCUACAAGAACUCCUCCAAUCCCGCCACAACCGCAGCCGAGAACACCACCAGCACCUCGCCCCGCCGUCCCCUCCGCCGGAAGAAUCGUCCCGCUCGCCCAGCCGGAGUCACCGGUCCAGCCCGACGCCGGGUGGAAGCAGGAGCCCCGAGCCGACGGCGACUGGCACCAGCAGCAGGACGAUCAGCCCGCCCCGAAGCCCACCCAUGGCGACGAUGCUGAAGAAAGGCGGCGAGGUCAUGGGCCAGCACCAGCCGCAGCAAAACCAACAGCAGCAGCAUAAACUCGCUGUCGAUAGCUCGAUAGCGGCGGCGGGAGGAGCGGGAAGGUGGCGCGAGUGGAUGAAGGGGAUGAUGAGGGUGCCGCCGUCGUCGUCGCCGCUGCCGUCGUCGUCGAGGACGACAACGCCGUCGGGAGGAGAGAGGCGGGAUUGA